AUGCAAGUCUAUCAUAUUCAACAAAAGAUUCAUAAAGCUGAAAAAGAAUUAAUUGAAAUUCAACAUCAGUUAACACUCAAUCUUCAAACAACUCAUGAACAAGAUAGUCAAUUAAAUAAAAUUCUUCAAUAUAAACCAAAAAUUUUCAUUUCAAUUGAUCAAAAUUAUUUAAAUAUUGAUCAUCAACUAAUUAAAGAACAAUUAAAUAAUGAACAAAAUUUAUCGAUAGAAUUAAAAAAACAAAACAAAAAGCUUAACAAUAACCUUUUGUAUCAUAUGAAGAUUCUAAAAAUGAAUGAAAACAAACAAAUACGAUUGAAUAUAAAUAAUAAAAAUUUCAUUGAAAUAAUUAGUCUAAAACAAGAACAAAUUGAAAAAGAAAAAGAUAUAAAACAAGAAAUUUCUCAGAUCUUAAUUGAACUUAAAGUCGAAUUAAAAAGAAAAGAAUAUAUUUUAUCUACACACCAUAGCAAAUUAGAUAGAUUGAACAAUCAAAUUCUUGAACUUGAACAUAAGCGUGAUCAAUAUCUUCUACACACUACACUAUAUACAUUUCAAAAUAUUAAUCAAACGAAAAAUAAUAUUAAAAAAAAUAUUCGUCAAGAAGUUAAUCACCGUUUACAACUAACAAUUAUUUCUCAUAAUCUCAAACAACAAAUAAAUAUUCUUGAAAAUACUACACAACAGUAUGCUUUACUUGUUAAAAAACAACGACAAAAAGUGAUUAAUUAUGAAAAAUUACAUGAUAAAUGGAUUAUACAUAUAAAUACGAAUCAAAAUAAUUUAUUAGAAUUAUUUAAUAGAUUUAAUAAAAUUGAACAAUCUAUGAUUAAUACAAGAAAUUUUUUUCAACAAUUNUUUUCGAAGUUUUAG